UCCGGAGAGCGGGACUGGGGAUCCCCGGGGCUCCGGGAGCGGCCAGCGCCGCUUCUGCCAUUCCCCUGUCCGCGCCGGGCCGCCCGUGCCCGCUCGUUGUUUGGAUUCCGGAUGGGAUUGUUACCCUAAAAAAGUUUUUUUCUCUCAAGUCUUAAACCGAUGCACACGGCUCGAUACCAUCCUCUUGCAAGCCCCAAACAGGAACUUUAGGCGAAACAUGAAAGUCAUCACCUGUGAAAUCGUGUGGCACAAUAAGGAGCCGGUUUACAGCUUGGACUUCCAGCAUGGAGCGGAUGGGAGGAUCAAUCGCCUGGCCUCGGCAGGGGUGGACACAGCCGUGAGGAUCUGGAAAGUGGAGAAAGGCCCGGAUGGAAAAGCCAUCGUGGAAUUCCUGUCCAACCUGGCGCGCCACACCAAGGCCGUGAACGUCGUGCGCUUCUCUCCCAGCGGGGAGAUCCUGGCCUCAGGAGGGGAUGACGCCGUCAUUUUGCUGUGGAAGCUGAAUGACAGCAAAGAGUUGGAGCCGUUGGUUUUUCAGGAUGAAGAUGAAGCUCAGCUCAACAAGGAGAACUGGGCAGUUGUGAAAACUUUGAGAGGCCACUUGGAAGAUGUGUAUGACAUUUGUUGGACCUCAGAUGGAAAUUACAUGGCAUCUGCUUCUGUGGAUAACACAGCAAUCAUGUGGGAUGUCAAUAAAGGACAGAAAGUUUCAAUAUUUAAUGAGCACAAGAGUUAUGUCCAAGGAGUAACCUGGGAUCCUCUAGGCCAGUAUAUUGCAACCCUGAGUUGUGACAGGGUCCUGCGGGUUUACAGCACCCAAACCAAGCGAGUGGCCUUCAAUGUCACCAAGAUGCCAUCAGGGUCAGGAGCUGAAGGAGAGGCGCGGAGCUUUCGGAUGUUUCACGAUGACAGCAUGAAGUCGUUUUUCCGCAGGCUCAGCUUCACUCCUGAUGGCUCCUACCUGCUCACUCCAGCUGGCUGUGUGGAAUCGGGAGAGAACGUUACAAACACCACCUAUGUUUUCUCCAGAAACAAUCUUAAAAGGCCUGUGGGUCACCUGCCCUGUCCUGGCAAGGGAACUCUGGCUGUUCGCUGCUGUCCUGUGUACUUUGAGCUGAGAGGAGCCUCUGCUAAAGAUGAAACCAAUCCCAAAUCCCCCCCUGCCCUGUUUAACCUCCCCUAUCGAUUGGUGUUUGCUGUUGCUUCAGAAGAUUCUGUGCUUUUUUAUGACACUGAGCAGUCCUUCCCCUUUGGUUAUGUCUCCAACAUCCACUACCACACCCUGAGUGACAUUUCAUGGUCCAGUGACGGAUCCUUCCUGGCCAUUUCCUCCACGGACGGGUACUGCUCCUUCGUCACCUUCGAGGAGGAUGAGCUGGGAACACCCCUGAAGGAAAAGCCCCAGAUCCAUGUCAGAACUCCUGGUGCAGCAGCAGCAGACAAGAAAGCCAAGAAGAGCCACAAAGUGAUUUCUCCAGGCUCCAGGCUGGCAGAGGGGACCCCUCCCAGCAAGGACACCCCAGUCCAACCCCGAACCCCCAGCACUGCUGGGAAGGAGCUGCCUUCCACCCCUGUUGGCAUCAAAACCCUUCCAGUGCCAUCCCCUUCCACUCCUGUUGGCAUCAAAACCCUUCCAGUGCCAUCCCCUUCCACCCCUGUUGGCAUCAAAACCCUUCCAGUGCCAUCCUCAGAGGAGAGGAGAAGCAGCCAGGCAGCCACCCAGGGCAGCAAAGCCCCCCAGCCCAGGAGGGUCGCCCUCACCACUCUGCAGUCCUGUUUCAAAACACCCAGGAGAAUAAACCUGAUUUCCUUGAAGCCAGACACCCCAACCUCUGCAUUUCCAGACCCAGCUCCCAUCCCUCCUUCCCUAGAACAGGAACACGAGAGGCCAUUGCCAUCUGAUGAGAGCCUCCAAGCUCCCCCAGCACCAAAACGUGCCAGGAUUGAGGAAUUGUCCCUUCCUGCACCUGCUGGAGACCAAACCAGCUGUGAGCCCAACAAAUAAAGGCUGAGCAGACCCCUCACAGCCUGAAGUCAAAGCAGCCAUGUCUGAGUACAUUUCUUUUUGCAAAAGUUCAACCCUCAAUUCCCAGUUCAAGUUCCCUGUGCGUAUUUGAUGUAGAACUGUGAAGAAACUGCCAGUAGAAGACCCAGGUUUCAGGAAUGUGGUUCUGCAGCAGGAGAAAUAACUGGGAAGUGACUCCAAGAAUAAGAAAAUCAGGGAAAUCUGGGGAUUGAAAAUCCAUCCAGUAAGCUGUGAGUCUCCUCAAUCCAUGUUUAGAAAGCAUUAUGUCUUCCAGGAACUGUCUGGCAAAAAGAAUCAAAUUUAUUCAUAAGAUCUGAUGUGCUUCAAGACCUAAAAAAAGAGGAAAUUGUGUCAUUCCAACAUUUUGUUUUAUUUCUUGUAUAAAAGAAUGUUCACCAGUAGCUGAUUCACUGUGAGGCAGCAGCAAAGCUCAGGACUGGGAUGUGGAAGCAGAAAAAGGAAGAUUUAACUGCAAGAAACAGGAAAGCAAAAGGAAGAAAUCCUCUGAAGAGCUGCUGUAAGAGUGAAACAGCAGAAAGUUCUCACUUGUUUCAUUUCUAGACUUAAAUGCAGCUGUGAGAUUUUCCUGAGGCAGCAGGAUUUGAGUGUGUACAUUGAAAUUUCCCCUUUUUCCCCAACUUAACUCCCUUAGCCAAUAAAACACAAUCCAGUGGAUGGGAAAUUUCUACACCUAAAAUUUCUUUUUAGCAUUUAGUACUUCAUAAAAGCAGAAAUACAAAUGUUCCAGAAGUCUCACGGGGAGGAAAUAUUAACAAACACCUCUGCCAGUCCUUCAGGCAAAUAAACUCUUGCCUUCAAUUAAAUUUCAGCAAUUAAUAAGCAAAAAGUUGUUGGAAACUUGGUGGGAUCUUUGUUUUCUUACUGUGAUGAGGCUGGAUCUUCGUUAGACUUAAUUAAACCUGGGUUUUUUUCUAGUGAAGAAUUAUAAAGAGUUUAAUUCUUACAUUUAUUUCUCUGGCUUGCUCAUAGAUCUUUUAAAAGAUGAUUUCUGUGUCCUAAUUCUGCAUUUUUUUUAAUAUCAAUCAAUUUUCUCCAAAAAAAAAAGUUUAUUUUCCUUCCAGAAUUAGAUUUGUGUGAGGAAAAUUAGUCCAUGCCUUGAGAGCAUUUCUCAGUUGGGAGAUGCAAAAUGAUCCUCCUGAAAUUCCACAGGCAGCUCCAGCUUUUCCAUGGAUGGCUUCAGCAUCUUUCUGCAGGAUGGGGAAGCCCUGUGGAUCAUCAAAAACCACUUUGCCAUGGUUAAAAUCACACGUGGACAUCCCACCUGAAAAUCCAAAUAUUUCUGUGAGCCACUGAACUGAGCAGGAUUUGUUCCACAGGGAUUUAGAGGUAACUGCCCCAGGAGUUUCAAAUAGAAUUUGUAAUUUUUUACAUGGGUUUAAGUGGAGUUUGCAAUAUUUCAGACAGGUUUCAAAUAGAAUCUGCAAUUUUUUAAAUGGGUUUCAAAUAGAAUCUGCAAUUUUUUAGAUGGGUUUCAAAUGGAAUUUGCAAUUUUUCAGAUGGGUUUCAAAUGGAAUUUGCAAUUUUUUAGAUGGGUUUCAAGCAGAUUUUGUAACUUUUUAGCUGGGUCAGGAUUCAUGAUUGUCUUGCUCCUGAAAAGUCUUUUUGCUGUAUAAUAAUGAUUAAUUCUGAGACAGCCAGACCUUGUGCUGCUGUGCUGUUGAAGUUUGAAGUUUUAGCUCCCCAGCUGUCAAUAUUAAUUUCUCUUGUCAUUAAUUAACCACUGCCUCCUGGUCAAAAUCUGCUUGAUCCUUGCCCAUGGGUUCCAAACAGACUUUGUAUUUUGUCUGCACAUUCCCUGUGUUUAUAUGAACGUUGUUAUCAAAUAAAUAACAUAAAGACCAUCAAAUUAA